AUGCGUCUAAUAUAUGCCCACAGUAUCAAAGACCGACUCGAUAUUCGAGAAUUCCACGAUCACAACGUCCCCGCCUACGCUAUUCUCUCGCAUCGAUGGGAACAAGAUGAAGCCACCUUCCAGGAAGUCAGAGACAACAGUGCAGAGCACAAAGAAGGCUACCAAAAGAUCAAAGCAUUCUGCAGAAAGGCUAUUGCGGUUGGCUUUGACUGGAUCUGGGUUGAUACCUGCUGUAUUGACAAAACAAGCAGUAGUGAACUGUCCGAGGCGAUCAAUUCAAUGUAUCGCUGGUAUCAAGAGGCCAGUGUCUGCUAUGCGUAUUUGCAUGAUGUGAAAGAAGAGGCUGAUAUCCCAAAAAGUGCGUGGUUUACUAGGGGCUUUACGUUACAGGAAUUAAUUGCGCCGUCUAUGUUGAUUCUGCUUGACUAUAGAUGGGGAGAGCUUGGGAGUAAAGAGAGUCUAAAAGAAACCAUUUCACAGGUUACGCAGAUACCAAUCGGGAUUCUGUCUGGAAAGGACGAUCUGGAAAGCAUCAGUGUUGCUCAAAGGAUGUCAUGGGCUGCUAAGAGAUCGACAUCGAGACUCGAGGACCAAGCUUAUUGCCUGAUGGGCCUGUUUGGUAUCAAUAUGCCACUGAUAUAUGGCGAAGGCAGAAUGGCGUUUAUCCGGCUACAAGAAGAGAUCAUGAAAGUAUCAGAAGACCACAGUCUCUUUGCAUGG